AUGAAAGCAAAUAACGAUUUUGAUAUCAUUGCAUUACUACAUUUACAAGCCUGGGAGGAAGGUGGGGCACAUGGCGGCCCACAAUUUUUGGUAUUUCAUAGAGAACUGCUUAAAGCUUUUGAAUUAUCGAUGCGAGAAGCUUCAUACAAACUUUUCCAAUCGACCGAUGUUUGUUUGGCUUAUUGGGACUCGACCUUGGAUGGACGUUUACCGACACCAAAGGAUUCAUAUUUCUUUACCGCUGAUUUCAUUGGAAGUACAAAUGCUAGUGGACAAGUGAUUGAUGGGCCUUUUUCACCUUGGGAAACAUUAAUGAAUACAGAUUAUCUUGAAAGAGCGGUAGGUGUUGGUGGCACCUGCUACAAAGAAGAAUAG